AAAAUUUCAUCAGUGACACUUUGGAGGGUGUGACUGUACGGGAAGUGGAGCAGCAGUUUGAUCCAAAAUUUGAUGAGGUCUGUUGUUUAAGAUAGCAAUUGUUCACAUGGGUAGAUGACAUUCUACAUGAAAUCUUCCUAAGAGAGUUUAAUUUACUGAUUCCAGGCUCGAGCAGUAGUAGAAGGCCAGAUCAUGUCUUUGCGAGGUCAUGCAGAAAGAUAUGGAGUGCCUUCUCCUCCAAAACGAUUGAUAGCAACUGGUAGUUCAUCAGUGAAUCGUGCCUUCCUGUACAUUGCAGCGUGUGUAUUUGGAUGCGAGUUGUACACAGUUCGUAGAUCUGAUUCAGUUUCUCUUGGAGCUGCAUUGAGGGCUGUUCAUGGUUGGCUAUGCAGCGCAAAAGUGGGCGGUAAAGGAUCGGAAAGGGUAUACCCAACAACAACUUGACGAGGUCCGCAUUGAAGUAGCCGACUACUUACAGACUCUGCUGUAGGUUCUGACCAGUUUCUUGAUUUUGAGUUAGGCUAGCUUUUAAUUAACUUUUUUGUAGCAAUUAUGAACAAACAAGAAUACUAAUUGCUAGGCUAGCCUUGUAGUAUAUAGGUGCAUGAAUUGGGGUUUUAUUUUGCCCAUUUUGUAAACUGUUAAGGAUGAUGAAUGUCGGAUAUAAUACCCCAAUUUGCAAUUUAUAAUCACAGUUCUAUUUU